AUGCCUUGCACGCACAAAACACCCUGCAUUUCGAAUUGUCUCCUAAAAUCCAUUUGUUGGCUAGAGGGACAUAACGACUGCUUCGGCGACUUACAGGCCAUAAGCACACUACUUCACGUAUUAGUUUCGAGUCAAGUGAGACAAAAUUCAAGCCACUUCUGCUAUAGUGGCUUUAGAUAUGGUUAUCCUUCGGGUCUCUUCUUUGAGUUUGCACAUGCCGUUGCGGCGAGAACUGGCUCAACCAUCACCGGCAAUUGCGGGCUAUUUCCUUUGUCCUGGAUUAAAGUAAGGAGUUCAUGGCCUAAGGUGUUUGUUGGAUACUCUCCAGGUUUGCUACGAAAUUUCACGAUUGGGCAGGCCACUGUUCGCGUUUCAUGCGUGCAUUUUUCCUUCGAUCGUAGCGAUACCACUUCUCUCGUCUCCUUCUAUUCGCUGUGCAUAUCUGCACUUAAGAUUUUCGCUUUGUACUGCGAUCUAAAAGCCGUGCUACUUACCACAUGGGCUCUUGACUUGUGUGUCUUGUCCUUCAACGUGUCGCCAGCUCAGCGUCCAAAUCCUUGGUCGGUUUUCAAGGUCUGUAUCCGACCGAGGUCCAAGAGUGUUCGCCCCGCCUCGCCGGUCGAUAAGUUUCACCUUAUCCCAAGGUCUGCUGUGCCGCUGUGUAAACGAGCAUUCACAAUUCCAAUUUCAACAAUUCCUCACGGCCUACAAUUCUAUCAAUGGCAGCAUUACAAGCCUGCCCGACUAACCGUUGUUUAUCAUGCUUUUUCGACAUUCGCACAGCGCAAGAACCCUGUUCCCUACGCAAUAUUUCCGUUUCUAGGUGCCUGCAUCUUCCCAUGCUUGUUCCUCCUUGACUGCUUUUUUGAGGGAGGGGCCGUGUCCAGAUCGCAUCAUUCUCGCGUGCUCGACGUGCGGAGAAGGGCGUGUGCGGGCGCUCCAUCAGGGGCAAAGAACUUGGAGUUUAUUGCUGAGAGGCGUUUUAUGCCUUUUCCAUCGCCACCGUCAUCAAUUAUCAAUCAUCAGCAAAAUAUGGAGCCGUUCAUGAGAAAGCGAGCUAGGGGCAUGGCCAGACUCCCGAGUCAACAUUGGUUGCUAGGUUUUAUUUUUACCGCAUCUCGCUUCCUCGCUUCUGGAACUCGCUUCUGGAAGUCUGAAGACACAUCGGAUAAAGUAUCCGUGUCCGAGGAUUGGUCCACUUUUGACAAUAAAGUUGCGAUAGGAUAG